AUGAUAAUACAGCAAGCCCUGUUACUUCUGUUGCUCUGGAUGUGGCUGCUACAUCCCUGCCACACAGAAAUGAUGUUCAGAAGGACUCCUGAUCUCAGACCCAGAAGUUCUGUGGGACGUGCAUCAGGCAGCGAUGGAAAAGCCCUUCACCGCCAGAGGCGCGGCUGGAUGUGGAACCAGUUUUUCCUUUUAGAGGAAUACACAGGAUCUGAUUACCAGUAUGUAGGCAAGCUUCAUUCUGACCAGGAUAAGGGAGAUGGAUCCCUCAAAUACAUUUUGUCUGGAGAUGGGGCUGGUACUCUUUUUAUAAUUGAUGAGAAAACAGGUGACAUUCAUGCCACUCGGAGAAUUGACAGGGAAGAAAAAGCCUUUUACACCCUGCGUGCCCAAGCUAUUAACAGAAGAACUCUGAGACCAGUGGAACCCGAAUCUGAGUUUGUCAUUAAAAUCCAUGACAUUAAUGACAAUGAACCAACGUUUCCAGAAGAAAUUUACACUGCUAGUGUUCCUGAAAUGUCAGUAGUGGGUACUUCCGUGGUGCAAGUCACAGCUACUGAUGCCGAUGACCCUUCCUAUGGAAACAGUGCCAGAGUCAUUUACAGCAUACUUCAGGGGCAGCCAUAUUUCUCCGUGGAACCAGAAACAGGCAUCAUCAGGACUGCUUUGCCAAACAUGAACAGAGAGAACAGGGAGCAGUACCAAGUUGUUAUCCAGGCAAAGGACAUGGGAGGCCAGAUGGGUGGAUUAUCAGGGACCACCACUGUGAACAUCACUUUGACUGAUGUCAACGACAAUCCACCUCGAUUCCCCCAGAGUACCAUCCACCUCCGCAUUCCUGAGUCCUCCCCAGUUGGGACAGCCAUUGGCAGCGUCAAAGCCACUGAUGCAGACACUGGAAAAAAUGCAGAAGUAGAGUACAGAAUUAUAGAUGGUGAUGGGACAGAUAUGUUUGAUAUUGUGACACAGAAGGACACUCAGGAAGGCAUCAUAACUGUGCGAAAGCCACUGGACUAUGAGACGAGAAGGCUUUAUACAUUGAAAGUAGAAGCUGAGAAUACCCAUGUGGAUCCACGCUUCUAUUAUCUUGGGCCUUUUAAAGAUACAACUAUUGUGAAAAUCUCUGUAGAAGAUGUAGAUGAACCUCCUGUCUUCAGCAGAUCUUCUUACCUUUUUGAGGUGCAUGAAGAUAUCGAGUUGGGGACAAUAAUAGGAACGGUAAUGGCACGGGAUCCUGAUUCAGCUUCAAGCCCCAUAAGGUUUUCCCUGGAUCGUCACACAGACCUUGACAGGAUAUUCAAUAUUCAUUCUGGAAAUGGGUCCAUCUAUACUUCUAAGCCACUUGACCGUGAGAUAUCACAAUGGCACAAUCUUAGCGUUAUAGCAGCUGAGAUCAACAACCCCAAAGAUACUGCUCGUGUUCCUGUCUAUGUAAGAAUUUUGGAUGUUAAUGACAAUGCCCCACAGUUUGCUGUAUUCUAUGAUACCUUUGUCUGUGAAAAUGCAAGAGCUGGACAGUUCUGUGCCCACAAACAAUGGGAUAAUAACCAGAUAGAAAUUGUUGAGUUACUGGAUUUACCUGUAGGUGGUAAAGUGUGCUUAAAGUGUUUAGAUUUGUGGAAAAAAAAAAAAAGUGAACAAAAGCCCAUUUUCAUAAGAUCCAUAAAUUGCCCCCAAGAUGGCUGAGAGUGAAAUACUGGAGGAACAAGACAUGGACCAGAAAAUACAAUACACUGAAAGUCUGGAAGAUGACUUAAGUCUUAUGAACCACAUUCACCUUGCAAUCACUUGGACUAGGUUAGAAAAAGAAGAGUCAAACAUAAAGAACUACCAGGUACAAAUGGUAUGGGUUGGACACCAGCCCAAGUCUUGAUUAGACAAGUCUUAGAGAAGAGGAAGAACCUUUAGAGUCUAAAUGGCUAAUCUGAAAAAAAUCUGAAAGCACAAUUUCCUGUGACACGCUGGGGUUAUUGGUGUCUCCUCUCCUUCAUUUUGACCAGAACCUGUGAAAUAAAGAAAUGGAGGAAGCAAAUACAAAAGAGCUAUCAUGAAAACAACAAAUAGUAAUGCAGCUUAGUGAGAUUCCCGACCUCACCCCACUCUCAAACAGAAGUUGUGAUAACUCUUUGUUCAACAGUCAACAAGUCAAACAUCCUAUUUAGGUCAUGGGACCUCAUCUCCCACCCAAACUUCUAAUGCUGCUAUAAUUGUCUGCAAGAGAGAUGGAGUAGGCAAGCAAAGAAAUAACCAAAACAAUCUAUAUCACUGAUUGUGGCCUACAUAUCUGUAUUUUGAGUACUUCUCAGUAAUAUAGGAAGAAUCUGCUCUUUCCCUUGCUGAUCUGUAUGUUGAGGCCAUGCAUUGUCUGAAGCCAGCUUCACAUACCAGCCUUGAAAGAUCAUAUGCAGUGCUUCAGAAAGUUGACAGGAAGAUGCUGCUCCCUCCAAAGCCCACAGGCCCUGACCUAAAUAAACCAUCCACAUGAAAAGUGUGUGUUUCUUGUGCUGACAUACACCAGGAACUCAGGUGCACCAGAGAUACUACAAGGAGAACUUUCCAGGCUUGCACAGGAGAUAAUGAGUGCUUGUUUUAUGUGUAUAUGCAUUUGAAAAGGAGCUAGUAAAGCACUUUCAGUAAUAUCUUCAUCUGCAAGGAUUGUUAAAAGCUUUGGUUCUAAUUGAGAACAAUAGCAAAACAAAUAAUGCUGUUACUUGUGAUGUACUUGUGAGAUGCUAUAAAUGUGAUAAUGCACAUAAACACAUUGUUUCAAUAAGAUUCUCCUUAAAACUUUGCCUUUUAAGGAUACAUAUCAGCAACUAAUAGGAAACUGCAUAAUAUUUAGUCAGCCAAACAUUUGUCAGCAUUUCCAAAUUAUCUACAUAUUUUCAUAUCUGAAGGAUGCUUGAAACCAAAAAAAAAAAAAAAAAGAUUUUUUUCUUCCUAAUAUAAGAAUAUAAGCAAAUUACAUUUGUUAUAUUGUCCAACAUGAUCAAUAUUCAAUUCAGAAUUUCAAUUGCUACAAGAAAGCAUGGAUGGGAAAGUUAAUAGGUGACUUUUUUUGCAGUUUGUUCUGCUAAGGGUUCUGGAUAUUGUUAAUAUUGUUGUAGUAGGUUAAAAACCCCUGUAAAUUAUAUAUAUAAAAUAAUUAGGCAAUAAAAAAAUCUAAAUACUGGUUCUAAAUUAUGGGUAUGGACAAUCAGAAGUAGAUAACCAAAUUUUCAUCAGCUUAACACCAAGAACUGACUGUGUUCACGGUCUCCACUUGUGAAGUAAAAUGGGCUAGUUUUUUCUUCACUUAAAUACAUUUAAUUUUGCAAAAGUCUCUAAAGAUCUAUUUGCCAAUUACUUAUAAACUCACUAAAUAACUAAAAGAUUCAUUCUUUAAAAGGAAAUAAUAUGCUACACUUGUAUUAUCUGUUUUGCUCAUCCAGUAAGAUAUUGGAGUUUUAUGUGAUAAAACAAAUUUAGAGAAAGACAAAACUCUACAUGAGAAAAAACAUAAAGUGCUGUAUUAAAAUAACUCCAUUCUGUGCCUCAUGAAGAAAUUUGUUGCUGUAUUCUGGAUGUACAAGAAAGAAAUUGGAAGUUAAUCGUGCAUUUGUUAAACUGGAGUAUAGUGCAAUCAUUGAUAUUAAAGAUGAUCGGUCCUGACAAAACCUGAAAAAUGGCUGUAUUUGGAAGAAGGGGAAGAGGAAAACCAAGGAGUUUAACAAGUAUGCCACAGGGAGGGAAUAGUGUCAAAACUUAUAAGUUAUUGCAUGCUCGAAAAAACUGCAAUUUAAAAUGAUGGAUCAGAGAUGAAGAAUAAAAAAGAUCUAGGCUAAAGAUUAAUCUAUUUUUGGCAAGUUAAACUUAAGAAAAUAACUGAACAUUCUCUCUCUCUCUCAUACACACACACUAAACAGCCAUAGGUAUAGUUUUUAUUGCUAGGGUGUAAAACAAAACAAAACACCACACAAAACAAUGAAACAAAGCAAUGAAGAUGUCAAAAAAAAAUGUGUUCUGUUUGGUAAGCGGCACCUUGAUAGCCUUAGGUCUAGAAAUGUCAGUGGAAGAAAAGCCAAACAUUUAUUUGCCUAACAGAUAAACAAACAUUGAUGAAAGC